AUAUAUAUAUCUAUAUAUUAUACCAAAUUUUGUUUUUUGGUCAUGGUGGAUGUGGAUUUUCGUGGCUGUAGUGCAUCGGGAGAAAGCGGCGGCGGCAGCAGGCGAAGGAUGCUGGAGGUGCCUGACUCUGACUGUCCCGAGAUUGUACCUCUGGAGCUGUACGACUCGUCCAGGGCCAAAAUAGCAGCAAACCUGUCUUGGAUCUUCUCGAAGGCUUACGGAAUAGAUAACAUCCCUGAGGAUUUGAGGGAUGCUUUCUACACCGACCAGUAUGAUCAGGAACACAUUAAACCACCCGUCAUCAAGCUGCUGCUGUCAAGUGAACUGUAUUGUCGUGUCUGCAGUCUCAUUCUCAAAGGGGAUCAGGUGGCUGCCCUGCAGGGUCACCAGCCUGUUAUCCAUGCGUUGUCACGCAAAGGCAUCUACGUCAUGGAGAGUGACGACAUGCCGGUUUCAGAAUCUGAUCUCACGCAAUCUCCAAUCAAGAUGAAUGCCCACAUGGCGUUGAUUGAUGCUCUGAUGAUGGCAUACACAGUAGAGAUGAUCAGCAUUGAAAAAGUCGUGGCCUCAGUGAAGCGGUUCUCCACGUUUAGUGCCUCAAAGGAAUUGCCGUACGAUCUAGAAGAUGCCAUGGUUUUCUGGAUAAAUAAGGUGAAUUUGAAAAUGAGAGAAAUCACUGAAAGGGAAUUGAAACUUAAACAACAGCUUCUGGAGAGUCCAAGUCAACAAAAGUCUCCUUCAAAAUGGUAUUGGAAACUGGUGCCUGUGCGUUAUCGAAGAGAUCAUCCCUUAAACAAGCAGCUGCCAUUUUUCCCUUUAAUGGAAGAUCUCAUGAGGGAUGUUUGUGAUGGCUGUUCACUUCUAGCAAUUAUUCAUUAUUACUGCCCAGAAUUGAUGAAAUUGGAAGAUAUUUGUUUGAAGGAAGUGACUUCAAUUGCUGACAGUCUGUACAACAUUCAGCUGCUGAUAGAUUUUUCUCAUCAGUAUUUGAACAAGUGUUUUUAUCUCACACUGGAAGAUAUGCUAUAUGCUCCAUUGGUGCUGAAGCCUAAUGUUAUGGUGUUUAUUGCUGAGCUGUUCUGGUGGUUUGAAAAUGUUAAACCUGACUUUGUGCAACCGAGGGAUGUUCAAGAGGUGAAAGAUGCAAAAAGCCUCUUGCAACAGAAGAGCACUCGCCCGCCACUUCCUAUUUCCAAUGCAACAAAGCGCAGCUUUAUGGUCAGCCCUGCAAAUGGUCCUGCUGAUCCACAAACACCUGUUCCCCAGAUUACCGCAGAUAUUGGAAUCAGGUAUUACCUGCAUCCUGAAGAGUUUGUUAAAGGAAGCCCUGCCUUCAGCUCACCGCAUCCACUGUUGCCUUUGAGACAAAGACAGUAUAAAUCUUCUUUACCUGGUGAAGAGAGUCCAGACACUCGGCAUCGUUCAAACUCCUUAACUCGUGUUGAUGGACAGCCAAGAGGCUCGGUGUUAGCAUGGCAAGAAAAGAAACCAAGACCCUUGUCUCAGCCUACACCAUUUGCCCUUCAUUAUGCAACUGAUGGUGAUCCGGAUGUUGGAUCUGGGGAUAGCAUCAGCUUGGCUAGGUCUAUCAGCAAAGACAGUUUAGCUUCCAAUGUAAUCAACGUAACCCCUAAACACCAGUCGCAGAUGAUGCCCACAUCAAUAAGAAGCAAUGGAAAAGGCUUGCUCAGGAACGUGGAUAUGGAGGAUGAGGACGACGAGGAAUUAAUAGCAAUAAUUAAGUCAGAUGAGGGUCUGGUUAAUAACUCUGAUCUUGAGUUACAGAGUGUUUUAUCAAGAGCUGCCAGUACAUCAACAUUGACGUCCCCCAAGAAACAGCCCAAUGAUCUUGAAGCAACAAAUCGAGGUGACAGUUUCUUCUUGGAACCUUUGAUGCCUGCUUUCUUGAAACCAGCCAAGGAAAGCCUUGUUCUGGUUAACAAAAGGGAAGAGUGUGGAGAGGAAAAGCACAGAUCUGCUUCAGUGAGGAGAACGGCUGACGGGUUUUUGCCUUCAGCCCAUAAAAAGACCUUGAAUGCCAAUACUGACGCAGAUAUUAAUAGGACUUUCACUCCCAUAGUCAGUUCCGAAUUUACAGCAAGCGCUGAACCAACGACUACAGAGCCUUUACAACAUUCUGAAGCAUCAGAGGAUUCCUUAGGUGCCUUUAGACCCUUGCUGAGCAGUAGUAUUGACACUUCAGCCCAGAAGCAGGCUGGAGGAUUCUUCCUUCACACCGGUGAUCCUGAAGAAGAACCGGCUAGUAAACCACCCAAUGGUGUGAAGUCCACAGGUACCAAUAAAGCAAGUGCCAGUGACACAACCUGGACACUUAACAUGCAAGAUUCUGAUUCUGAAAUGCUAGAUAUGGAGGAGGGUGAGGGAGAUCUGCCUGCUGAGGAUGAGAUCCACCCAGUGAGAAGUCGGUACAAUGGGGAAGAGGAAUCCAGCAAAUUACACCACGACAUGAAAGUGAAGGAAUGCGAGGACAAGGAAGGUGCGAGCGGGCGUUCCAGCCCUUGCCUGAGUACAAUCUCCCAGACCAGCAGUAUCUCUCUGGCCAGCACCAGCGUCCGAAUGACCAACUUUGCUGAACGCAAACUGCAAAGGCUCAACAGCGUUGAGACCAAGUCGAGCACCAGCAGCUCGCAGAAGUCCACUCCCGAUGGGUCUGAAUGUUGCCCCCUUCCCAUGAUAACCUGGAGACAGAGGAGAGAAAAGAGCCCCAGCAGGCAGAUGAAAGACAGCGCUCACCUGUUAGCCUCUGAACUUGUGCAGCUUCACAUGCAGCUCGAGGAAAAACGCAGGGCGAUUGAAGGUCAAAAAAAGAAAAUGGAGGCACUUUCCGCCCGUCAACGGCUGAAGUUGGGUAGAGCAGCCUUCUUACAUAUAGUCAAAAAGGGAAAAAAUGAAGGAAUUCCACAGCCAUUGAAGCCGGAACACAUCUUGAAGGAAGCCGAGAGACCAAAUGCUGAAGAAACGGUGGCUAUAGUGUCUCGGGGCUCCAGGACCGAUGACGUUCUUGCAAACCAAGAGGACAAAGUGGAAUACUUAAAGCAAAUGGAAGCGGUUGAUCCGAAGGAUGUAAAUGAGAAAAUGACAGAAAACGAUAUCCAGGAAAGCAUAGCCGCAGUUAGGCAACGGUGGCUAAAGGAUUCCUUGCAGCCACCGUAUGAUGUUGGGAAGAACAAGGUGAGUCCCAAUGGUGGACUCGAGGAUGGUUCGGGAGAAGUUGAUGUGAAUGAAUACAGCCGUUCUAUCGAGAAGCUCAAUGAAACACUGAGCAACCUUCAGCAUGAGAUGCAUAAGCUUUCACAGCAACAGGAGCUUCUCAUGAAGUUCAAAGACCAAGCACCAUCUACACCAUUGCCAGAUGCCAGCUGUACCCUACCGGACCAAAAGACCAAACAGACCACACAUACUGUAGAGCCACCCAUGCCCAUGGGGGGCAGUCCAGCACAAGGUGUGCGAAAACAACCGCGCAGCGUUCCAGCCAAGAACGCCCGUUCAGGAAGGCCAACAGACAUAAAACUGUCUCGGGAUUCCAAAAUGCAGAGUACUUUCCGUGUCAUUACUCCAACGCAUUGUGUAGAGACACUACCUCACUUGCGCCCCUUCACCAGUAGCAAAGCGACCAAGCCAGAGAUCGAGGCUAUUGCUUCUGAUGACCACGUUAAUACCGGGUCUUUAGAAGCCACACCUGAUCGGGGCCAUGCAGAGCAGACAGCUGAAAGGACAAAAGAUGAUGCUGCAGAUGAUAUACUGUGUGAGGAAGGUAACCAGAGGGCAGCAGUGCUCUCAGCAUCCCAGAAAGACAGUUACAAUUAUUUCUAUCAGCAGAUUAAUACUGAGGCAGUCAUUAGCACCCCAAAGAAGAUUGAGCAUCCAUCAAUAAACUCUUCAGACUGCUCGGGAAAGGAGAAUAUUCCUGUCGAGGAACAAUCUAAAAACAAGGCAAACCUCAUAGAAGUAGACAUCUCUGAACUGAACGGGCCGGAAGAUGAGGAGGCGUGUGAAAAUCGAGGCAUUUCCACUAGUCAGGUGAUCAACGAAUCUGAACAGAAGUCUGGAUUAGGCUUUUUCUUCAAGGAUGAUCAAAAAGCAGAAGACGAACUAGCAAAGAAGCGUGCUGCGUUCUUGCUUAAACAGCAACGUAAAGCCGAGGAGGCUCGCUUGCGAAGACAGCAGCUGGAGGCAGAGAUAGAACAAAAACGCGAUGAAGCGAGGCGUAAAGCUGAAGAGGAACGAGUUCGUAAAGAGGAGGAGAAGGCACGCAGAGAGCUGAUCAAACAAGAGUAUCUGAGGCGUAAGCAGCAGCAAAUACUAGAUGAACAAGGACUUGGUAAACCCAAACCCAAAACUAAGAAACAACGUCCCAAAUCGGUACAUCGGGAAGAGUCCAGCAGUGAACCACCAUCCAGAUACCCUUCCACUCCUGAUAAUCUGAGCAGUGCUCAAUCUGGCUCCAGCCUUUCUUUGGCAUCAGCCGCGACCACAGAGGCAGAAAGUGUAAACUCUGGGGGAGGAGGAAGUGGUGGCUUUUCACAAAGGACAGAUUCCAUGGAGACGUUCUCAGUGCUGAGCCGAAAUCAGAGCAGGAACACUGAACGAGACUGGGAGAAUACGUCCACAGCCUCUUCGAUUGCAUCAGUAGCUGAGUACACAGGUCCAAAACUGUUCAAAGAACCAAGUUCGAAAUCAAACAAGCCACUAAUUCACAACGCAAUUUCCCAUUGCUGCCUGGCAGGAAAAGUAAAUGAACCACAGAAAAACUCAAUACUUGAGGAGCUUGAGAGAUGUGAAGCCCAUCAUUACAUCAUCCUGUUCCGUGACGCGGGCUGCCAGUUCCGGGCACUUUAUGCUUAUUUUCCUGAAGCUGAGGAGAUCCAGAAGUUAACUGGGACGGGGCCAAAAAGCAUUACCAAGAAGAUGAUUGACAAGCUUUACAAAUACAGUUCGGACAGGAAGCAGUUUAACCUAAUACCUUCCAAAACCAUGUCAGUCAGCGUGGACGCUCUCACCAUUCACAAUCACCUGUGGCAGGCGAAGCGCUCUGGAGCGCCAAAGAAGCAAUCGGCAGCAAAAUGAAGGCAAAGGCAUUCUAUUUUGUUGGUUCAUUUUAAACUUCUCGGCCCCCUUCCCCUUACCCCACUCCCCUAAGUAGAUUGUGUUGAAAUCAGCGGCUUCUUCAUUUGAUUUGGUGGCUGGCUGUUCCAUUUUGGAAGACUUACAGUCUUGGCUGAUCACAGUUACAGAUGAGAAUGGGAACUUUUGCUUUUGGUAUGUCUGUGCAGGCAGUGAAAAUGUAAUAUAUUCCAAAAAGCAAGUAACAAAACUGAAGCAAUGUCGAAUUCUUUAUCCGAGGCAUUGUCCUGUCCCUGUCUGUCUCUGGGAACCGCUCUCUAGCGGUUCUUUACCAAAUUCUGGCUUGAAUCUCUAAGCUGGUUACUGUGGCUGAAACCCCUUUUCUCUGCAUGUGGCAAGUUUUCUAUCCAAUGGAUUAUCUGUGGGCACUGGUUGUGACGCCUCUAUUGCGUUCUUUUUUUUCUGCCUCUUUGGAUUAGCGUCACUGUGAGAAAUUGGGAAAUGUAUAAUCUCACACCUCAGGUUGACUUGAGGAAAAUAUGGAAUGAUGAGCUUUGCAAUGCCGCACCAAGAUUGACAUAAAAUAGCCGCGAAGAAGACUAUUUUCCUUUCCUGGACUUGAACAUGUCUAGUCCAGUGACUUUCGUUUUAAGUGGGGCUGCAAGUUGAAUUGAUGUAACAGCUUUCCAAGGUACCAAGGCAACCACCUUCUUGCAGUCCAAAAUGCUGUUCAGUAAAUCCUCUCCUAUUCUACCAUGAACAGCGACUGAUUGUUUGUGUAUUUAAAGAUAGCAGAAGCGUUGAUCGAUGCAGUGAGGAGCUUGGGACACAAUUAUGAGAACUAUGUAACCAAUACUAUACAGGAAAGAGAGAUGGUAUCCAAUGCUGAGAAUUGCCUUCAGAAAGCCCGAUGUGUUAAAUCAGUUGCAUUUGGCACAUUUUAUGCUUGAUCAUCCCACAACGGUGGACAAAAGCCUGUGUUCUGCAGUAAUGAAUGAGUGUUAUUUGUCCAGUAAGGAAGAUUGCUGUGUAGAAGUAGAGAUUACCACACAGAGCACGGUAUUUCUAUAAAGAGGCACGCUCAAAGGUCACAAUCAAAGUUGAUGGAUUUUUAUUAGCUCAUGCAUUGUAAAAAUGCUCUUUCCUUUGUCCUUUUUUUCUUAUACUGUACAAGCAGCAUGCUCGUUAACUAUGUAUGCUGUUAAAACUUUCUGGGUUGUUUUGGGACAGGAGGGGACAAUGAUGUUUAAUACAUUUCUUGGCCGCUUACUCCUUCUUUCCCUGUUAUCUCUAGCUAAUUUUUUGCAAAAUGAAUGCUCUCGUGGCAGACGUUUGCGAACCACACCUUUUUUUUUUUUCUGAAGUUUUUAAACAUAACCUGUCGGGAGCUGUGUGUGUUCAGUUUAAAAUAAAAAAAAUCUUAAUAUGAAGUGGUACAGUGGUUAAAAUAAUUUGGUCACCCUUAUAUAAUGUGUGAUCAUUGUAAUGGUCCUUUUAUGCUGCUGCACCCUGUGUCCUGGGGGAAAAUCCCAUUCCUGAGCAGCUUUAUGCACUGUAGAAUGUUGAAGGGCCAAACUCAAAUAACCGUAUAGCUGCUUACGAAGGAGCCCUUCUGGAUUUGGACAUUUCUGUCUUAAUUGUGCAAGUUUGAAGGGUUGAGUCACUACAGACGUAUAAACGCUAUCUGAAUAGGAAAAUAGUAAAAAAAAAUUAAAGACUAGCGAAGGCUUCCUCGAUAACCAAAUUAUUUAACCGCCGCUGCCUGUGGACAAUUCAGUUUCAAAAGAUGCAAUAGCUAGACCUGUGUACAGAAAAGGUGGCAGCGAAUGUGGGUUUGCAGCCAUCUGAUGCAGUCAUGGUUUUGCCAGAAAGAAGACUGUCUGGCUGAAGUCAUCUUCGAAGCGGGUAGUUUUCCAAUGCAGUGAACAUUCGCAGGUUCACUAAAGUGGCUAUGCUGAGGAUUUUGCUUUUCCUUCAUUCAAUUGUGUUUUUUUUUUAAAAAAAGGUUCAUAGGAGGAAGUUGUUUUCAAGUGGAAAGGCUCGUGUUCUUUGCCUCUCACUAUGCCUUUGCAGCUGUGCUGUGCACAAGCAAGAUACCUUUGUUCGCGACAAGAGUUGCUAUAGACCAAAUGGUUUACGUGCUUUUCUGAGUUUGAAGCAUCAAUCAGUGUUCACCUGGGAUUGAUAGGGAACACGGUGGAGAAACAGACGAACAUUUAACUGCGAGAGUUUUCGUGGGUUUCACCAGAAACCAUGAGCUGUAGAAAUGUGAAUGGUUCCUGUGAAUGGUUCAUUGUGCAUCGUCUCUUGCUAACUGACACUGCAAUGUUUCUGUGCAUCCUGGCUGGAAGCAAAAGUGACAGGGACUUGAUUUUGCCAAUGACCUGUGAGUGUUUGAUGCAGGAGGACUGUGCGGUUGUCAAAUAAAUAUGGUGCAACAAUACUUGAAUCUUAAUCCCUUCAGGGUGAAUAAUUAACUACAGACUGUAUAAAACAAAUAAAUCUUUUCUCCUCUAAAGGGUUUCAGGUACAGAGACCAAUGUUUUGAUUAUAAGUUUCUAUGGACUUGCCUAUGUGGGUUGUCCAUCAAAAACUAUUAUUGCAACUUUUGAGGUACUCGAAUGUUUAUGGACAUUAGUUUGUUUAUAAUUUGUAUUUGUUUAUAAGCUAAUGAGAGUUAAGAGGCGAAAUGGUAGAAGAUAUUGUGAAAAUACUUACACUAGUUUCAUAUGCGUGCGCACACAUGCACUUACAAGUGCAAAUUUUUAUUUUGUUUUAUGGAUUUAAGCAACUUAUUUUUAAACAAAUGAAAUGGCAUAAAUUGUUCUGGUGAGUAGUUAAUCACUAGGUGUCACAUUGGUGUGUGUGUAUGUAUUAUAUAUAUAUAUAUAUAUACACACACACACAUCUUCACUGUUAUCUCAAUUACAUCCUUCUCACGCAUUUGUUUUUAGAUGAGAAAUGUAGAGCGAACGGAACAUAAGAAAAUGAGUGCAGGUCAAUUUUAUAUAACUUAAUUAAUGUGCAUUAUCUGUUUGUAAUUUAACACUGGCUUUAAAACAUUUAAAAAUUACAGCCAUAAAGGACUGUUUUAGGGAGUUACGUGUUUUAGGGAAUUAAACACUUAAUAAGCUGCUUUUGCAUUCAGCCCAGGCUGAUGGGGUGAAUGUUCCUUUACUAGCUAGAUAAAUCCUAUACGAAGGUAAGAUUUUCUCUCCUCCCCCUGCCCACACCAUCCUUUGAUUUUUUUAAAAAUUAAAUAUUGAUCUAUUACAUUUGUUGCACUAUCAAAAGCCAAAUCAUCAGCGUAAAUCAUGUGGUUCUUGCUUGCCUUUUGAAAAUUUAAAAUCCAACUGGUCUUGCCUUAAAAUACUGGAAAGACAUCUACAUUAUAAUGACGGGCCGAGAGUGUAGUGUGUUGUUACAAAUACAUUGCACGUGUACCAAGUAUUUAUAUAAGGUACAGCUUAACUGAAAUGUUGCAAAGCAUGUCCAUACAUGUACAAGGAAGAUGAGUUGAACGUUUCCCUUUUUGGAUGUGUAAUACGUUAAGUCAGUUCCUGUAUAAUUGUUAAAAGUACAAGUUAUAUUUGUAUCAAUCACUGAUUUAGUGGCAGCGGAUUUGGCAGCUGAAUGGAGAUGGUGUGAUAUGCUAGACAGCAGCGUUGCUUCUCUGUAGGGGUGUAAACGCCAGUGAUCAGUGAGAAUGUGUGUGUUUGUAUGGUCUGGUCAGUCAUUCUGUUGUCAGUCACCAAUUCCUGGUUAUUCUCUAUAUCUCAGUUUUAUUAGUCAUUACAAGAUUAUGAAUUUCUUAACCAUUAAAUUUGUUUUAGAAUAUGCAAGUGUGACAUACCUCUUGUAUCAUUUAAUGAAAUCCCAACUGCACUGUGUGUUAGUCGAAUAAUGGCAUCACAAGGACUAGCUGUUAGUUAGUUGCUGAUAAGAAGCAUAGAGUGUGUUCCAGGUCAGUAAAACAGCCCCGGGUUGAGAUAUCUUAUAAACCGUAUCAUCUCUUCCUUAAGCAAUGCAGAUAUUUGCGUUUAUUAGGCAAGUUUUGUUGUUGCAUGUUUGGAUGGUAACACGUCAUUCAGAGAUUUUAAAUCACUUGAUUUGGCAUCAAGUUUAUAUAAUUCAUAUAGAAAAGAUUCCCAGUGCUUGUAAUGAUGUUUGAAUUGAGGUGAUACUGAGAAGCAGAAUUCUAUCUAUUUGUAUUCCUUUUGUUUGGAAAAUGGCUCAUACUUUGAGCUUGUUUAGAAACCUGCAUAGAUCUGUGGGACUACAUUUUGUUUCAGAAUAGAGCAGCAUUUUGAUGAGACCAGUGGACCAUGUGUACAGAAUUCAUGAAUUUUCUGUGAAUAUUUCCCUGAUAAUUUUUUAAAAGAUGAUCUCCACAUUGUUAAAUUCUUUGCUAAUUGAAAUUUAACCCAUUUGUUACCCAAAAUAUUCACUGGAAUAACUAUUUUAAAAUCAAUAAGUACAAAUUUGAAUAGGCGUGUACUAUAACACGUUGUACCCAAGUGCAUUCUAUCAAACUCAAGUGUUGAGUAUUUUACUCAUGUCCCAAAUGUGCAUCGCAAAAACACUAAUAAAAUCCUCUUCCGUACGUCUAGCAAAGAUGCUCCAAGGGCGGUUCCAAUAAUUGAUUCAGAGUACAUAGGGACACAUUUCUUUUGAAAGAAGUGCAGAUUUGCUUAUUGUCCUUGGAAGAGGAAAUAUUUUCAACAUGAGCACUUUGUGGCUGCACCAUGCUUGACGACAGCACAGUCCAAUGUAUUUAUGCCUUUGGCCUUGAACAUCAUGUAAACACAGUUCCCUAUGAUGCAAGCUCAUACCGUAUUAGCUCACGGUGAACACUACACAAGCCAGGUUGCUCUGAUGCAUUUGGUGAAGUAACCUUUUGAGAUGUCAGUAAAAAUGGAGUCCAGAGCUAACGAAUGCAAGUUUGUCUUCGAUUACAUUUUUUGUUCCAUCUUUUUAUUCAUGCUCUUAAAUCAGAAGUGUAAAAUGGAUUGAAAGUUUUUGUAAAUAGGUGUAUGGAUUAUCUGGUCUGUUGAAACUGUAAAUACCUGAAGACUUGAUGAAGCUAUUUUCUAAAUGGUUUUGAGUAUUAUUCUACAGGUCACAUUGUAAGCAAUGGCAUUUUUUUUGUUGUAACACAUUUUACCAUGCCUCACGCCAUCCCUAAUCAUUUUCUCCACUUGUAUGUUUGACAUAUAAAACAUAUAUUUAUUUUGAAGAGCACUGAAAAGUUAAUAAAGAACGGUGAACUGUAUUUUA